GCUCUCCCUGCGCUCCCAGGUGUCCCUCGGGGAUGACGGGCACGCGCUGCGAGGAUUUCAUCGUGGGCGAGCAGCAGAGCAGCCGAACAGCCUCCAUCGUCAUCCCCAUCCUGCUGCUCCUCAUCCUCCUCACCGUGGUGGCUUUUGUCUGGUACAAGUGGAGAAUUAAAGGAGCCAAGGGCUUCCAGCACCAGCGGAUGACGAACGGAGCCAUGAACGUGGAGAUCGGGAACCCAACCUACAAAAUGUACGAGGGGGAGCCCGAUGACGACGUGGGGGAGCUGCUGGACGCCGACUUUGCCCUGGACCCUGACAAGGUGAGGGGCUGUGGGCUCUGCAGGGUCCUGCCCGAAGUGGGAGGUGCAGGGGGGAAUUUGCUGAGGCUGUCAGGGCUCGCUGUGCAGCGGUCCUGGGGAGGCUCUGAGGGGCUGAAUAGGCUCUGCUGCUGAUGGGGCUCUGAGGGUCUCAAAGGCUUCAGGGCUGGGAGCUCUGAGAGGUUGCAAAGGCUUUGAGGGAUCACAAAGCCCUUGGGGCUGAGUGGGCUCCAAAGGUUUGCAAACAUUUCGGGACUGGGGGAACACUGAGGGGUGAGAGAGGCUUUGGGACUGGUGGAAACUCUGAAGGUUCACGAAGGCUUUGGGGCUGGAGGUGCUCUGAGUGGUCUCAGAGGUUUUGGGGAUGAGGGGGCUCUGAGGGAUCACAAAGGCUUUGGAGCUGGGGAUGCUCCGAGGGAGGCUCCAAAGGCUCACAAAGACUUUGGGGUGGGAGAAAUGGGGAUACUCCAAGGAGCUGCGAAGGCUUCAGGGCUUGGAGGUGUCUGAGGGAUUGCAAAGUCUUUGAGGCUGGUGGGCUCUGAGG